GUGGGGCCCCGGAGGAGGAGGAGGAAGAGGAGGAGGAAGAAGUCGAGCAGGGCGCCAUCCAUCCCCAUCAUCACCGCCGCCAUGUCCCACCUGCCCAUGAAGCUCCUGCGCAAGAAGAUCGAGAAGCGGAACGAGAAGCAGCGGGAGCGGAACCUCCGCAAGCGCCAGCGCCGGGAGCUGGAGCAGCUGGAAACCAAGAAGGUCAAGUCGGAGGAGGCCAAAGAAGAGGAGGACGAGGAGGAGGCCAAAGAGGAGGAGGAGGAGGAGGAAGGAGACGAGAAUCCGGCAGAGGCCCCGGAAAUUCCCAGCCUGCCCCUGGGCCUGACGGGGGCCUUCGAGGACACGUCGUUCGCCUCCCUGAAGGACCUGGUGAGCGACAACACGCUGCGGGGCGUGGCCGACAUGGGUUUCACCGCCAUGACCCAAAUCCAGCACAGGAGCAUCCGCCCCCUCCUCGAGGGCAGAGACAUCCUGGCGGCCGCCAAGACGGGAAGCGGGAAGACCCUGGCCUUCCUCAUACCCGCCAUCGAGCUCAUCUACAAGUUGAAGUUCAUGCCCAGGAAUGGCACGGGCGUGGUGGUCCUGUCCCCGACGCGGGAGCUGGCCAUGCAGACGUUCGGCGUGCUGAAGGAGCUGAUGGCCCACCACGUCCACACUUACGGCCUCGUCAUGGGCGGCAGCAACCGCUCGGCCGAGGCCCAGAAGCUGGCCAACGGCGUCAACCUCGUGGUGGCCACCCCGGGACGCCUCCUGGACCAUAUGCAGAACACGCCGGGCUUCAUGUUCAAAAACCUGCAGUGCCUAGUGAUCGACGAGGCCGACCGCAUCCUGGAGGUCGGCUUCGAGGAGGAGAUGAAGCAGAUCAUCAAGCUGUUGCCAAAGCGGAGGCAGACGAUGCUGUUCUCGGCCACGCAGACGCGCAAGGUGGAGGACUUGGCCAAGAUCUCCCUGAAGAAGGAGCCCCUCUACGUCGGCGUGGAUGACCACAAGGACGUGGCCACCGUGGACGGCCUGGAGCAGGGUUACGUGGUCUGCCCGUCGGAGAAGCGCUUCCUCCUGCUCUUCACCUUCCUGAAGAAGAACCGCAAGAAGAAGCUGAUGGUGUUCUUCUCCUCCUGCAUGUCCGUCAAAUACCACUACGAGCUGCUCAACUACAUCGACCUGCCCGUCAUGGCCAUCCACGGCAAGCAGAAGCAGACGAAGCGGACCACCACGUUCUUCCAGUUCUGCAACGCGGACUCGGGCACCCUGCUGUGCACGGACGUGGCGGCCCGCGGCCUGGACAUCCCCGAGGUGGACUGGAUCGUCCAGUUCGACCCCCCGGACGACCCCAAGGAGUACAUCCACCGCGUGGGCCGCACAGCGCGGGGCAUCGACGGCCGAGGGCACGCCCUGCUCAUCCUGAGGCCGGAGGAGCUCGGCUUCCUGCGCUACCUCAAGCAGGCCAAGGUGCCCCUCAGCGAGUACGAGUUUUCCUGGGCCAAGAUCUCCGACAUCCAGUCUCAGCUGGAGAAGCUGAUCGAGAAGAAUUACUUCCUGCACAAGUCGGGCCAGGAGGCCUACAAAUCCUACAUCCGGGCCUACGACUCCCACGCCCUCAAGCAGAUCUACAACGUGGCCAGCCUGGAUCUGACGCAGGUGGCCCUCUCCUUCGGCUUCAGGGUGCCCCCCUUCGUGGACCUCAACGUCAACGGCGGGCAGGGGCGGAAGCCGCAGAAGCGCGGGGGCGGCGGCGGCGGCUUCGGCUACCAGAAGCCGCGGACGGUGCGGAAGGCCAAGAUCUUCAAGCUCGUCAGCAAGAAGCCCCCCGCCGACCGGCGCCAGUUCUCCCACUGACCCCCAGGCUGGGGGCACUGGGAGGGGGCCUGGAUUCGCUCCGAGGCCCGUGGGUUUUGUAAUGAAUCCGUACCUGGA